AUGAUCCGCCAUGCAGUUGAUAUGAUAAGGCGAGCUGUUACACAUCUUAAUCCAGGUCAAGUCCCCGUCAUCGCACUCGAUCAACCAUUAUAUGCCGUUGCCAAGCAAAUUCAAUGGAAUUGGCCUGAAAGCUAUGGUGAGCACCACGUUGUUAUGAUGUUUGGAGGGCUGCGCAUCGAGAUGGCAUUCUUACGACUACUUGGCCACUGGCUUGAAGACAGCGGUUGGACAUCAGCCCUCAUCCAGUCUAAAGUAGCUUCACCAGGAACAGCCGAUUCUUUCAUAAAAGCUGCGAGUGUAACUCGUUCUCGACACGCACAUCAGUUGACUGCCAGCAGUUUGUAUAUCCUGCUUUGUCACGCAUAUACGCAGUACAGUGGAUUGGCAGAAGACGCAUCACUACCAUUCGAUGAUUGGUGUUUGGAGAAAAUGGCUUCCACACCCCAGUUCCAGUUCUG